AUGAAUAAUAUCAAUGUAAAUCUUAAGAACUUACAUGUAGGGCAAAAUGAAAUGUCUGAUUCUGAUACGUCAACCGAAGCAUGUUCUACUAGCAAAUUGCCAGCAAAUGAAAAUGACGAAAUGGAAAAAAAUGAUGAUCCAUUAAAUGAGUAUCGACAAACAACCAAUGAAACUUGUUUACAAUCAUUGCUUCCAGAUUAUCCUGUAACUGUGGAGACCUCUGAAAGAGGUUCAUUGGGAAAUGAAAUAUAUAAUAUUGCACCUGGGGAAAAUAGACAUCCAGUAUCAAUUAUGACUGACAAGAAAUGUGAAGAGCUUGCAUUUCCAAAAUUAUUUCCAAAAGGGCGAUUUAGUUAUAUGGAAGAAAGAAAAAUUAAACUAACACCUGUUAAGUAUUUCAAUGCUAGACUUUUACAUUAUAGUGGACGAUUUGCUACAAAUUCUGAAUAUUUGUUCUUUGCACAAUUUGUAUUUGGAUAG